UGAUGGAUAUUGCUUCUCGGAAAAGCAUGCUUCUGAUUACGUACUCUGAGGAAAUUGUGGAUGGCAAACCAAUAAUAGUUUGCUCAAACAGCCUUCCGAUUAAGCUGCAUCGAGAACCAGCAGGCCAUGCCUUCCAUGAUGCUGCUCUUAAGCUGUCAGGACACUUUGUGGAGGUGGAUGACAAGGACAAAGAUGAUGGCAAGACAGUUCCGGAAGAGAAAGAGAAUGUUUAUGUUCAAUCAUCAGAGUCAUACAGCAGUAAAGGAAAGAAGAAAUCUGGCAGUGAUUCAAAGCAGCAAGAUCAUUAUGCCUUGUUGGGGUUGAGUCAUUUGAGGUAUCUGGCAACUGAAGAUCAGAUAAGGAAAAGUUAUCGUGAGGCUGCUCUGAGACAUCAUCCUGACAAGCAGGCUGCUCUUUUGCUCCUCGAGAAAACUGAGGAUGCGAAGCAGGCAAAGAAGGAUGAGAUAGAGAGUCUGUUCAAGGCCAUUCAGGAGUCAUAUGAGGUGCUGAUAGACCAUGUCAAGAGAAGAAUCUAUGAUUCCACAGAUGAGUUUGAUGAUGAAAUUCUCGUUGACUGUGCACCGCAGGACUUCUACAAGGUCUUUGGACCUGCCUUCUUAAGGAAUGGGAACUGGUCUAUUAACCAGGCUAUCCCGACUUUGGGAGAUGAUAAAAGCCCAAUCAAAGAAGUGGAUAGUUUCUAUGACUUUUGGUAUGCGUUCAAGAGUUGGUGGGAGUUUCCUCAUGCUGAUGAGUUUGAUCUAGAGCAAGCUGAGUCCCGUGAUCACAAAAGGUGUAUGGAAAGGCAAAAUGCUAAACUUUCGGAGAAGGCAAGGAAAGAAGAAUAUGCACGUAUACGCACUCUUGUUGAUAAUGCCUACAAACGAGACCCGAGAAUUUUGAGAAGAAAAGACGAUCUGAAAGCUGAGAAGGUAAGGAAAAGGGAGGCAAAGGUUUUGGCCAAGAAAAUGCAGGAGGAGGAAGCAGCUAGAAUUAUUGAAGAGGAGAAGAAACGGAAAGCUGAGGGGGAGAAUAGGGUUUCCGACCGGACGAUUCCCCUUCAAAUUAGAUGA